CCGUGUGUGGCCUUUCCCCUUCUUCUCCCCGGACAUGGUGGUUUUGCUAUGGCCUAAUUGAGACCAGCGCUUUUCCUGGUGCCGGGAGCAAGUGCUUGGUAAACAGAAGCGGUGCUCUGUGUGGAUUAGUCUCGGGGUGUUGGUCAGGAGGGUUAACUGCUACGCAGCUCCGAAAACAGCUCAUCCAGGAACUUAUGCAUCCCAUUUUAAGUGGAGAGCUUCAGCCAUGGACUGUUCCAAGUGACGACUGUUCGCUUUUGAUCACAGCUUCCAACAGUUUGGUGGCAGACCAUCUGCAGAGAUGUGGCUAUGAGUAUUCGCUUUCUGUUUUCUUUCCAGAAAGUGGCUUAGAGAAGAAGAAGCUGUUGUCUGUGCAAGAUCUUCUUCAGUUAUUGAGGAUCAGUCCAAAGUCCAGUUUGUACACAUCGCUGACUUCGGGAACUCUGAAGGAGAAAAAAGGUUUUCUCAUGCGGAUUUUGAUGGGGCUUACGGAGCAUCAUCUAAGUAAAGAAUGUCAUGACAGAGAAACUCAGACAAUCUCUGUACCUCCCUACAGAGAAUCUCUUGCUGAGAAACUUCAGCUCAUCGAUGAGCAGUUUGCUGAUUCCUAUCCCCAGCAUCAUAAAUAUGAACCUUUAGAAGGCAAAUUUCACGAAUAUAGGAAAGAAAUAGAGAAGCAGCUUCAAGCAGAGAUGUCUCAAAAGCUACAGCGUUUUAAAGAAGUUGAAAUAGCCAAGAUUAAAAUGGAGGAGAAAGCACAAACUCAGAAAGAAAUCUCUGAGCUGCGGUAUGAGUUAGAAAGGACGCAUCAAGCAAAGGCUGAAGCCUUGGUUUCUCGUGAAAAGAAUGCUAUUGAAAGGCUUCAGAAACAACAGGAGAUAGAAGCAAAGGAAGUAUAUGCUCAGAGACAAAGUCUACUGAAAGAUAUUGAAGUCAUGAGGACCAGAGAGGCAGAGCUGAAGCAAAGAAUUGAGGCAUUUGAAAUCACUCAGAAGCUUCAGGAAGAGAAAAAUAAAACUAUUGAUGAUGCGCUUCGACGUCGAGAAGUUGCUGUGAAGAACAUAGAGGAGACUUAUGACCAAAAGCUUAAGACUGAACUCUUAAAAUAUCAGCUUGAAUUAAAAGAAGAAUAUAUAGCCAGAGCCAAUAAAGUUACUGAAGAUGAGAAGAAAAAUAAAGAGAAGGCUAUGCUUUUGCGUGAAGAAGCUGAUGCUGUUAACACCAAAAAGGAGGAACUCAAGCAAGCUGUGUCACGCACAAAAGAACUUGAGCUGGAUUUGGAGUCAGCAAAGGCUCAGUUUCUGUUGGUAAAUAAACAGAAUCAGUUGCUGACAGAAAAGCUGAAAGAGGUAUCAGACUAUCCUUUGCUAAAGGAGGAGAAGCUGGAGCUCCAAGUGCAGAAUAAACUACUUAGGCAACAGCUGGAUGAGACUCGCACUGAGAACCAACAUCUUCGAGACAAACUUUCCCAGCCUUCAGCAGAGCACCUGGCCUGCCAAGCAGAGCUGAGGAAGGUGGAACAUUCCAGGAGGCUGGUGAUGGAUGAAUUUGAAAGUCAUAAACAGUUUUUGGAAAAGCAGCUCCAAAGUGAGGUUGAACGUUCUGCCCAGUUAAAGACCCAGUUGUUGGACUCUGAAGCUACCAUCAGGAAGUUAAAUGUGCAGGUUGAAGAUCUGAAACUACAGUUGAAACAAACACAGGCAGCACUGGAAAAUGAAGUGUUUCGGAAUCCCAAGCCUUCGCUUGUUGAUCGCUCUGUCAUUGACCUCGUUGAUGACAGGAUUGUACCUCAUGAUGUUUAUACCGAUGGCAUAUUCCUGAAGAAUCCCGUUGUGAGUGAUGUUGUCAAGGGAAAUGCUGUGUCAAGAGCUGGCUAUCACCAGCAGUUUCAAACACGCAGUGCUUCUCCGGAUUCUGACCUGGAGUGUAUGGCGCAAACCUGGGCUAGAGUAAAAGAACUAGAAAAAGAGGCCGAGUGUUUGGAAGAAGCCUACAGGAACUACCAGCGUAGGAUAAUGCAGGAUACAGCUGCAAGCAGAACACCAAGAAAGAUGGAGCCCCCUUUACUUCUCCAGUGUGCUGUUAGUAGAGUCCCCGUGACUAUGCAGUAUGAACUUUUGGAGGAUAAUCCUGGCUCCAAGCAUUCCCCUCUGAGCAGUCCAAGAAGUGAAAAAUACGUUGGAAGACAUGGGCAACCUGAUGCCUUUAAAAAUCCUUCAACACCACCACACAAAGGAGUGCCUCCUUCUAAAUGCCUUUCUUCUACUCCUGUUUACAAGUUGGAAAGAGUUCUCAGUAACAAGAACCGUUUGGAUGACACCAGUGACUCGUACCUCGCCUCUUCCCAGCAGAAUGUCCAUCAGGUGCUUUCUCCUAUUCCAAAGCCAUGCAUUCUUUCACGUUCUGAGUCUCUUUCUUCCUCACCAUCCAGUCAAGGAGAGAAAAUCAGGCUUCCGAAUCAACGCAUAGAUAACCAAGAUUUCAGUGAUAAUCCCAAGCCAGAGAAACUAGUAUACGAAGACCUCGAAGAGCACUUUUCUUCUCUUGAAUAUCAGGGGGACAUUCCAGAGCAGUGUGAAAGUGAUGUCUUGCAUCCAUCUGGGGACACUGUCAAUGGAAACCAUGUCACAGCCACUGUGCGAGCGACAGCCACUUCGCCGCAGGACUUGACUGUGUUGGAUCGAAGAGAGACUGAAGAACAAAAUACAGAAGACAAACGCUGGGAAGAGGAGAGGAAAGCCGGAGAAGAAAGGAGAGAGGGAGAACAACAGGGAACUGGGGAGAGGGAGCAAAAUGAAGCAGAAGAGCUGAAGAAUGAGACGUUGAUCCAGGACUCAAUGAAAACUGAUGAAGAAGAGAAGGGAGAAAAAGGCAAAAGCAAUAAUUCUGAUGCUGAAGAAAUUGUAAAGGAUUCUACUCCAAACCCAUUAGAAAAAUACAUGAAAAUAAUACAGCAGAGGAGAGAGCAGGAACUGGCACAUGAGGAUUCGAAAAAGGAAGAAAUACAGGACCUGUCUUUCAUGGAGGGAAUCACAUCUAGCGAGAAAGACGGCAGUGCUGCAGGCAUUUCUCACGGAGACGAUGACGACAACUUCUGGUGAUCAACAGCAACUGAUUUGGGUCUUUGUUUUUAACUACAAUAAAACGUUUUUAAAACACCUUUCUGUCUGUGAAGGAAGUCGUAGUAAGUGCUAGGCCCGCAAAUUGCAGGCUGUGCAGUUAUAAAUGAAUAAAGCUGAUGCUGGAGUCCCACUGCUUCAGUCACUGCCCUCAAGAUUCCUGAUGCAUUGGUGAUGCUGGAGGAGCCCCUGUGCUUGCUGGAAGCUGUAAAUUGGUGUGUCCAGGUGAAUGGCCUUUGGCCUUGAAUCCCUACAGCCUUCUACAGCUUUUGAGGUGCUGUUCCUCCCCUCCCACCCCCUUCCCCAUCACUUGCCAACUGCAGGGCAGUGGGAUAACCAAACUUUUUGUUACACUUAGGCUGUUAUGUGGCUUUAGAGGCAUCUGGUGGAGACCCUUGGCUUGUGCGACAGAACCACGUUAACUUGCCUGCUGCAGCAGGAAAAGUGAACACUUCUAAAGCAGCCUUAUCUCACGUCUCGCUGUGUUAGUAUUCAGCAGCCCAGAACGGAGAGAUUCAGAUAAAAAUGCUAUUUGACUCAUCUUUAUUUAAGCUUUGCAUUUUGUAGGUAGAGUAUAGGCAAGAUCGUUAAACUUUAUUUACAGCAUAUAAUACAGUAUUUUUAAUAAUGGAGUAAUUCUGGGUGGCAGCGUAUGGUGCAACCUGCAGUGUGCUGAGGCUGCUUAUCUUCCCCUACCUUAGAAGAACAUGAAGCCCAGUUUGACAGAAGACAGGGGCAAAACCUGAAGGUCUGCCUUGAAUUCAUGCAGAUUCUCAUAAAUGAGGCAAACUUUACCUUCUGAAACUGAGAUUAAAAACCGUUUACUAACUUUGUAUGCUGCCAGAUUUACAGGAACAGCUUCAUUCUGCCUGCUGUGAGGAAGGGGACCUGGAACAAGUAGCGGUACUCCACGCU